AUGCCUACUUUUCCUAAUUGCCUUAAUGAAGUGCUUCCAAAGCUCUUGCAGUCAGACCACACUCUCGAAAAGGCCAUAACCACAAACCUGUACCAUAUCUCCAUAGUACACCACACAUUAAACAAGAAACUUGAGUCCUCGGUCCUGGGAAUGUUAGACAAAAUCAAGAUCUGUUAUCAUGAUCAGAUUGAUACAAAAGGUCUCCUCCCGUAG